AUGGCGACUGCUUUUCUCCCUCUCAUUCUUAACACUUCCGCUCCCUCCCAAUUUACCUUCCAACCUAACACAAUUCCAAACCCUAAUUUCACUUCUCUGAAUCCCAAAUUCAACAAACCCUUAUCACGUUCCACCUCUUCCCUUCGCGCCACAAACCAAGAUUCCAACCCUCAAACUCCACAAGAUGCCGAAGUUGAUAACUUGGGAGUUAAAGCUGCUCUUUCCAUCUUGAGAUUCUACAAAAGGGAAAUUUCGCCAAUCUUGCCGAGGAGCUGUCGUUACGUUCCAACUUGCAGUGAGUAUUCUAUGGAGGCAUAUAAGAGGUACGGUGUUUUGAAGGGUACAACUUUGACUGUGUGGCGUCUGUGUCGUUGCAAUCCUCUUGGUGGGUCUGGAUAUGAUCCUCCAAGAUGGUUUGGUGAGAUUAGACAAGGGGAAGAACUUGACGAUUGA